AAUUUUGACGUCUCAUAAACAGAAUAAAUGGAAGAGGGCAUAUUAUGCGAAUGUUGAAUUUUCGUACGGGGCAAAGAUUUGCGAACUUUUCUGAACUUGAUCUGGAUCCCAGUGGCUUGUGCGUUCGUCUCCGGUUAGUGCCAUUAGUGCCGAUUAUGUGAAGGAAUCGAGUGGACACCGGGAACCUUGCUUGGCCAUUAGCAGCAAAAGACAAUUUUGGUGGCGCCAGGUUUUCACGAAAUCUUUUCCCAAGCUCAAAGGGGCAAAGUUUGCGCUGCCUUGCGAAGCAAAAAGUUACCACUGAAGUUUUGAAUUGUGCAAAUACAUCUUCCCUCGGACUCGUUCCAAUACGAACGCUAUCAGAAUGUGGCCCAUGAAAUUGGACCUUACCCGCCAGGAAUGCCGCGGUGUUUUGCGAAGGCUCGAAUUGGAGUGCUAUGCAAGCGUUAUGAGCACGUUCCGGGCUCAGGGAUCGCUCUGCAAGGAAAAGUCCCGCAUCCUCGAGGAUCUCCGCAAGGUGAUGCACAUCUCCCAGGAUCGGCACAAAGCUGAAGCACGCCGGGUUGCCAACGACGAGCAACUCAAUACCGUGGCAGAAUUACUUAAUGGACCUAACACCUAUCAGGAUUGGUGCCGCGAGGGUCGGCGCACCUUCCCCAUUUUACCGCGUACCACACCCUACACGGCACUGUCCUACAUCUCGAAUGCGGUUAGCGAGCAGAUCGCCCGUAUUAACAACAAACUUCCGCAUCCGUGGGAAACCAGCCAGAAUCGGUUGGCCAAAGAAGAAGCUGAUGAGGAAGAGCAGAAGAAAAAGCAACAAGAAGAGGAGCACAAAAAGCUUCAAGAAGAGCAAGAAGAACAACAGAACGCUAGCAAGAAGGUAGAAGAAGAAGAACCGAUAGCAGGUCCUUCGAAACCACCGGUGGUCAAAGAGCAUGUUCCUGCACCGGUUGUUACGGUUGAUCCGUUUGUGGAAAUUGCCAAUAAAAGCUACAUCAACAAUGACCUGAAAAGAUCGUACCCUGUUCAAACAUAUGAGAACUAUGCGCCGUUAUCGGUUAUGGAGGAUGAAUCUCCGUCGCGGAAGAAACCACAACUUUAUCAAGAGUUGCAGAAACAAGAGCCCCUAACUCCCCCACCACCGAUUGUAACUUUCCAUCACGCUCAGCCCUAUCAACCUCAGCAUAUCCCAAUGCUCCAGGACACAGCACCACUUUCUCCGCAUACAGCUCUUGCAUCUCCAACCAAUAACCAAUUUAUGAUGACCCCCAUCAACAACACCAGCAACAGCAGCUUAAAUAGCACCAAGUCGGGUAGGAGCAAGAAUACGGAACGUCCGCGGAAAACUUCUGUCGCCAAACAAAAGAAUCCAAACCAGCCUAAGCCGGAGAAAAGAUCAUAUCAAACGAAAGCGAAGAAAGCCGCAGCACAACAGCAACUGCAACUUCAAUUGCAGCAGCAGCUACAACAACAAUUCCAGCAACAAUUACAACAACAACAACAACAAUCACCGCAACAGCUACAGCAGCAACCAUUUCAUUUGCAACAGUUGGGAGCUGUUACUAAUCCGAUGCCUAUUGGUCCAGUUAAGGGGUCCGGUAAAGGUGUGGGUAGUCCACAUCUAAUCCAUUCUUAUGCCAGUCCAGGGCUUCCUUCCGAUGCCAAUCCUCAGGCCCAGAACGUGCCGAUAGAAGCGAUCAAUGAACCUCCGCAGCUACAGAAGCAUCUGACUUCGAAUAUUAUCUAUCAACCGCAACCACAGCCUGCAAUUCCACCUGGACAACCUUAUGGAAUUCCACCCGGAAUUCCUGCCAAAACUCAACCCUUGCAGAGCACCGGCUAUAAUAAUCAACAGCCACUACCACUCGUUCAAAACACAACGCCCAAUCAGACUUAUGGACAGCAUCAAAUUCUUCCAUCAUCCAAGAAGGACAUUCAAUAUAAUCUGACAAAGCUAAAUCCGGCCAGCAAUGUUCCAAUAAAGAACAACGUCAACAUCCCUCUACGACAAUCCGGUUCACCGUAUAUACCUGGCAAAAAUCAUCCUCUGUUGAAUUACCAGAAAAAAUCACCCUCUAAGAAUUUGCUCAUACCGACCUCAUCGGCUGCGGCCACAUUGGCAAGUUUGGGUAUACCGAAAUCUAUACCCAGAAAAACUGAGCCUAUCAUCAAUCCCGCAGAUAUACCGAAUCCCAAGAUCAUUUUCUCAUCCACACCGCAACAAUGUAAUAAUCCAACCGCACAAACCGCAAUGACGCCAGGCAAUCAGAUAACAAUUUUGGAUCAAAUCACGAUACAUCCACCAAACAAAAUAAUACCAUCACCGGUGCCAAUUGGAACACAGUCGACACCUCAGGCCAGUAAUUUUGCUCCCAAUCAACCUAACAUUUCAGCUCAUUCGACUCCAAUCUCUGGUGUCAAUAUCCCAGCUAGCGUCAGUGCGAUACCCAAGACACCCAUCAGCACCGCUCCGAUCACACCGGUAGUCCCAGCUAAUAAGCUCGUAACCAUCAAAGGGCCCAACCUGGCUGGAUUCACACCCGUUAAAGGUGGAAACAAGUUGUCCGUGCACAAACUACAGCUGAUGCCAAUCGCACCUCCAACCGGCGGUAAAAAUAGCGUUUUCGUUCUACCGGCGAAAGGGUCGACACCUAGCGGCACUCUUAACCCUGGCCAGAAAAUAACUAUUCCCAAAAGCAGUGUUAUUUCGACGAUAGAUCCCGCUACACUUUCUAUAACUCCAACGAAGGCCAUGAGUCCUCCGAAAGUCAUCGUCCAACAGCAACCUGAUUUGAACAACAUUGUUGUGUUGGAUAUCGGUGCGGAUCAGAAACUGAAAGCUACCAGUGGAGUUCUCGGUACUCAGCCGAAGUCUGUGAUCACCGAAGAUACGCCGGUGGACAUCGUAUCUACGCCGCUAGACGUUGUCAGUGGAGCGGUCAAGUUACAGGAACUUUCCAAAGGAUUCCUGUCCCCUUCAGCUUCCGGUUCAUCAGCAUCGCCCUUGACCGAAAAGAUGGUCAAAACACAACCAACGUCAGCACCCAAGUACAACUCGAAUAGCAAUGUUUCGAAGGCGACCAAAUUCGAAGCAGAUAGUACGGCUCCAAGCCUCCCAAGCGCCGUAACGAAAAAAUCCAAGAAUAAUUCGUUGGAUCGAACGGCCCCAACUCCGGCAGUUGCGCCACAGAACAACAAAGUUAAAAUUAAACCUACUACUGCGGCCGCUAGUUCAACGACCCCCAUCGGUAGUGAACCUCCUGUGACGAAAACAACCGUCAUGAGCUCAUCAACAGACUGGGAACUGGAGCUGGAUCAGGCUACCCGGGCGAGCAAUGUCAAACCCAACCCUAACCCGAAAACCCCAGCCGCGAAAGGCACAUCUGUGACGAUUUCCUCUAAACCUGUUCUCUCAACCAGCAGUAGUGGAACUUCCCGGAAACCUCCACCUCUUUCCUCCAGCUCUAUCAGUUCUACUUCAUCAUCCAACGCAUCGCCGCCAAUCGUUGUCGAACAGCCACGAGCAUCCCCUCAAUCGCACAGUAAACCGAUCGUCACCUUGGCUCCACCGAUUCCGACGCCCUCUCCAACGGUAUCUAGCAAGCCAGUCUCGGGAGCGGUUACAACUACGCCACCGAAUGAACGUAGCGCGGCCAGUGAUGAUACCUCGGCUACGGAAUCGGCCGACGCCGAAGAAGACCCAGAGGUGGGCGAUGAAGAUGAGGACGAAGAUCCCAUCGAAGAGGACAUCAUCAUCGACGACGAGCAACACUUCAAUGCGGUCAUCGAGGAGGAUCACGAUCCAGAGGAAGAUGUCGUGGUUAUGGAAGAAGACGACGAUGACGUUCUGCACGGCGAACGGGUAGAGAUUGUGAACGUUGGCUACGAUAAUACUCGUGCAGCACUGAUAGCAGAUCUGGAGGGCGGGGAAAUUUCGACGGGUGCGGCAGCUCCGGCAGGAACGACGGUUGUAGUUCAGGGCAACGGAGUUACAAUCAACCCCAUCAGCAUGAACUUCGAGCAGUACAUCGAGGAGGCGGAAGCCAACGGUGCGGCCGAUGCGGAAGAUAUCGUCAUCGAAUCCGCUCCGCUAGAUUCGCGAUUAAUCGAGGUCAACAGUAAUGCUGCUAGUGCCGGUGUCAACAAAAAUGCCAUGUUCCAGAUCGUGGAAAUCGAUGCCGAGGGUAACAAACACACGCGAACCGUUUCCUACGAGGAGGCGUUGGCUGAGGGACAGAUCACCGUCGAUGGAAUGUUGAGGAGUGAGGUUGGCGGUAACAGUGUAGGUGGUAUUGGGGCAUCUUCAUCGAAGGUUGGAAUGGUGAAGGGUAAAACGAAAACUGGAUCUUAGAAAUUUCAUUUAAAAAAAAGUGUUUGUGACCACAUUACGAGUAGCCAUAGAGCAGGAGUCCCGGGGAAGUGAGUUUUUUUUCUUCGGCUGGAAAACGUUAGUUGUAAGAAAAGCAAAUGUUUUGCUGGAAAUUAUAUAAACAGGACAAUUGAUUUCUACUCACACAAUUUUAGUUUUAAUUGAAAACUUACUAUAUAGAAUAAACAUGAAAUUUAUUUUUUUUGGAUUUUUGGGUUAAAGAUUUUGUCGAUGCAACGACAAAAACAGCGCGUGUCCUAUUAUUUUGUGGAAUGAUUAUUAUUCUCUAGUAGGUUAAUAUUUCAGUUCAAAGAACAUUUGCUUUAUAAAUGUAAGAGCAUUCAAAUUGUUUAAGGUUUGCAAUAAGUAUAUCAUAAACACAUUAGAACAUAAACACGCAGGUACUCUGGUGGCAAAUUGUUAAGUUUUAAAGAAGACAGGAACUUUAAAAAUCGAUAUAAAUUUAAUAUAAAGAUUACUCUCCAUACACUCUCUGAGCUGAUGGUGUUUCAUGUGCAUGUUCUCCGAUCAAAAAUGUGCUUUGUACAGUUUCAUUUAAUGAUUUGUUAUUUUGAGUUCCAUGUUGAUAAAAAGUUUUAACGAUCUUUUACCUAAUAUAAAGAAAAAGUAAACUCAGUUUGAUUAAUUCUAAGUCCAGCUCAUGUGUUUCAUAAAACGGAUGCUUAUAAGCGGCAGAGUUGUUUGACUAUUCUCCCAGUUGCUUCCUGAAAUCCUUCUGGAGAAAAGUAACUUAGUUGUUCUAAUGCAUCCGUUUCAUAAUUUUGUAAAUAAUCAGCCUAAGUUUGUUGUACAUAGUAGCAUACUAGUUGAAACACGAUUGAGAGGAUAUAAAAAAUAGUUAAGCAAAUUUGUCACCUUAAGGGUCCCCUUCUACUUCAAUGUUGUUCAAUUUGACCAAUUCGCUGUUUUGUUUUCAUCCUAUAAAUUUUAUAAUCUCUAAUGUUUUACGAAAAGAAGUUAAACUCGAAACCCAAUGCAGUAAGUUUUCAAAUCUAUCUAGCUCUGCGCAAUCUCACUUAUGCUGAGGGCGAUUUGCAAUUUCAUCGUAACCUUUCCCGCUGUACAUAAAUUAUUCCAUUUUUUUUCAUUUUCGAAUUACUUUAAGCUUCUAGUGAAUAAAACAAGUUGUGAAUUUAACCAGUGUAGAUUAAACGGAACGUGAUUUACAGUAAUGUGUUACACUAGUAGCUUGUAGGCUCUCAUAUUUAGUAUAAGCUGUCGAAUGGAAGUAAAAUUUACAAACGAAAUAAAAAGUAUAUUGUAGAGGUCAUUGGAAACACAACUCAACCAACAAUCGGGCGUACAAUUCAGGUGAAUUGAGGGUUUACCUUGGCAAUUAUUCAGUAGAAAAAACGUAAAUCAACUAUUAUUGUAUACAUAUUUUUACAUAGGACAAAAGCUUGCUAGUAUUAAGAAUAUCGUUUUAUUUUAACCCCUUUCGAGACAAAGUUAGGAUUUCCAUUACAUUACGCAAAUGAGAAAAAAAACCCAUAAACCACAAACCACACCGUAAACGAUUGAAAACAUGAACCACAAAACAGCAUACACAUCAAGUCAUCUAACUUUAACCGAAAAAAUAUUAUUUACAAAAUUCGUCAGCAGGUCACAUUUUUAUACUACACAUAUUCCUAUAUAAAAAAAACAGAGUUUUAUUUGUAAUGAACAAAGAAAAACAAUUCCGUUCGAAUUUUCGGAGUGGAAGAAGUUUUCCGGGACCACCGAUUUGGAACCUUCGCUCCACGUAAAUAAGGCGGCCCCGUCUUUCCCCCACACAAACGGAAACAAUGAAAACGAAAGCAUUAAAAGUAAUUUUUAAAAAGAUGACAAACAACACCUACAAACGGAAUAACAAAGAAAAAAUACAAUAUUUAUAUGGAAGAGACGUAUUGACGACAAAAAAGUAAUUCUACAAGUAGUGAAAUGGAACCUAGAUUUAAAUGAACAAAAAAGAUGUAUGGAAACAUUGUAGCGCAAGCAAGCAUCAGAACCGUCUCGCCCGGUCUGGAUAUUAUUGUACAUUUGAUCUUUUUGGAAAAGAAAUAAAAUUUUAAUUAAUGAUAA